CGCUGAUAACAUGUUUUUGAAAACCGGAAUCUUUAAGGCGAUUUCAUUUAAAAAUCCAGUGAAAUUACCAGUUUCAUAUUGGUUUCUCGUAAUUAUACGAUUUGCGCUAACAAUUGUUCCACAGAAAGGAUACAUACAUCCGGAUGAGUUUUUUCAGAAUGUUGAGAUUAUUGCAGGCGAUAUUCUUAACGUGGAUAUUGCAAGAACUUGGGAGUUCAAUCCAAAAUUUCCCAUCAGAAACAUAUUUGUACCCAAAAUGAUACUGGGCCCACCGUUACACUUCAUACGAAUUGUGAACCCUUACACUAUGUAUUACCUUAACAUUGACUUGAAAACCCCAUAUUAUUUACUAGUUAUACCGCGACUGUUUAUAUGCCUUCUGUCAUUAAUUAAUGACUAUUGUUUGUACAGAAUAUGCAUACUUUAUGGACAAAAUUUUAGAACUCGUUUAAAGCUAUUCGCAAGCUCAUAUGUAGUUUUUGUUUAUUGCUGUAGAAGUUUUUCAAACACAUUUGAAAUUAUUUUUUUCUCUAUACUUUUACUGUUUGUUGCUGAAUGUAUGCAAAAAUCUGAUAAAAUUAUAUAUCAUGAAGAGUUUCUGAAUGAAAAAUAUAAGCAGGCCACCUCCCCUGUUGAGAAAGUGAAACUUUUUAAAUUACGGACCCAUCUGCCCGAACAUUCCUUGAACCGUGUCAUCAUUUUAUCUACAUUAGUAGUGAUAGGAAUUUUUAACCGUCCAACCUUUGUGGGGUUUGCAUUUCCACCAAUUUUCUUCUGGCUCCAUCGGGGGCUAGGAUCUAAAGUGGUUGGAUUCAAAGAUUUCCAUUACCGAAUAUUCACAUUUAUCAUGUGUGGCAUCCCUACUGCAUUGCUGUUAAUUGUAGUGGACUCUGGUUACUAUGGGUACAUAACAAUGGCUGAUGUGGAGUCACUGAAGCUCUCCUGGGACUAUUGGGUGGUUACACCACUAAAUUUCAUGCGAUACAACUUAGAUACAAGGAAUUUGACACAACACGGGUUACAUCCAUGGUGGCUACAUCUUGUUGUGAAUGUGCCAUUGCUGUUCAAUAUAUUGGGAGUAUUAGCACUUAUAUCAAUAGCUGGACAUACAUACAGGUUUAUCCGAGGUCAGUAUAACAAAUUGCCAAGAAUCCAAAGCAUUACGGGACUAAUGCUGUUCUCUCUAGUCACACCAGUAGCUGUAUUAUCCCUGUUCCCGCACCAAGAGGCCAGAUUUAUCAUACCAGUUUUAAUUCCACUAAUAUACCUCUACGGAAACCAUUUACACCCAAACGAAACUGAUGGCGCGAAAUCUAGAAGACUGAAAAAUAUAUUGCGUAUUUGUUGGUACUGUUUAAACGUACUGUUGACCAUAUUCUUUGGGUUCAUUCACCAAGGCGGUAUAUACCCCUUCUCAAACAGUCUCUACCGCGAAAUAAAGAGCAAUUAUGGAGUCCACACGCACGUUAUAACCACGCAUAGCUAUAGUAUCCCCACUUUCUUACUUCAGUUGGAGAGUACAACGAAAAUUUGGAAGGAUAAAAAGACUGGACAUAAGUAUAGAUUGGCGCCCACCACAUUUCUCCACAAGUAUGGUUCCCUACCAAUGGACGAAUUAUUUACUAAGAUUGACGAUGUCCUAACAAAUGCUGAGAUGUUGUUACACAAACAUAAGAAACAGUACAGGUUUUACGUCGCGUCUCCUUGCUCAUUAGAGCAGAGACUGCGCCAUGCGGCUUCUAGUUAUUAUUACAUAGAUUUAUCAGAAGAAUUUUCGUAUUACCCUCAUUUUUGUACAGAGGCCUUCCCCAAAUUCCCAAGUGGCCGCGACCAGUCAUGUGUGGAAACUAGUCUAUUAAGGACGAACGAAUCUCGUGUUGUUGACUUGAAUAUGUUCCAAAGAAUCUCAUGUUUCUUUAGAAAGUUUUGUCUCAAAAUUUAUAGGGUCAGACCUGUUACUAAAUAUAAGAAAUAAAGAGACCUAUGGGAGGAUAACAAGAGCCAAGUAUCAAUAUUCUCUUUCUUGCAUAAUUAAAUCUUUGCUUUUAUAUACAAUUAUGUAAAAUGACAAAAAUUGAAAUAUGAAAAGUUUUUAUUUAUCACUUUAAAUUGCAUUAUUUUUAUAUAUAUAUGUUCAGGCUAUUUAUUAUAUUUGCUCAAUUAAAUUAUUAAAUUCAAUUUUCUAAUAUAAAAGUACAAUUGGGCCAUAUGUUUAGUUUUUAAAAUACUAAUUCGCGUAAGAUACCAAAGCCAGUAAAUCAUCACAAUAUAUGGCUUAAUCAUAUUUGGUUAAGCCGUUUUAGAUAGAGGAAUAUUAAAUAAGAGAUUAUUUUUACUUAAGUAUGUAUUUAAUUUUUUCAUCGAUAGGAUAUAAUUAGUAUAUCCUGUUUCAUAUUUAACUGUGAUAAUUUUAAAUUAUAGUCUUUUUUAAUAGAAUUUAAUGAAAAUAUAAAUUAUCAAAAACUGUUUUUUGAUUAAUUGAAUGUUAUGUAUAGGUAUAUUUUAAUCUAUGCUACUGUAUUCACUUGAAUUGUUUAUGUAAUUUUUUUUAUGUUUCAAGUGCAAUAAAGAAUUAAAAAUUAAUAAUGUUUUGAGGUGUUAGUUACACCUUUUUUUUUUACUAUUUCACUUCGAGUGUGGUUUUGUAAUAAUUUCAACAAAAUUUGAUUACUUUUUCAUUAAGUCCUAUUGGAACUGACUAUACUCACGUAGCAGAUACAAACAUGUACCUACUUUGAAAAAUAAUUUAUAUUGGCAGUGAUCUGAAACAAUUUAUUUUUUAUUAUUUUUAAUGAACUUAUGUUCUUUUUUUAAUACGAUGUCUAUAUACAUAGAUAUAGAUAGAUAGAUAGAUACUCUUUAUUGUUUCCUCCAAAAGAUUACAAUAGUAAACUUAUUAUAAAUAUAAACAAUUACAAGAAAAUAUUACACUGAGAAAACAAAAAAAACUCUCUGUACUUGUUAUUAACAAUAAUUAAUUUAAUUUAAUUAAUUUCCGUUAUAUAUGUAUGUAUGUAGACAUCGAUUUAUUUUUUAUUUUUGUGUUAUCAGUUUUAUUGUAUUAUAUGUAUAACAAAAUGAGCAUUCCUAUUUUGCUCAAUUUUUUUUUAUUAUAUUAUAUGUUCAAUAUAUGCUUUAUCUUAAAUAUUGUACGUCACGUUAUAUGGUAUUAUAGUUUAUAGAUUUUUUUCCUACCUAUCGUUCAACGAACAAGCGUCCAAAAAAUUGUCAUACAAUUUUUGGGACAUGGAAAUGACGUUGAAAUAUUAGAUUUUACUUACAUUGUAAUGACACUAUGUAGUAAUGUGAAAGUAAUACUGUUUAACUAAUCUAUUUUGAAUUUCUUUGAAACUUACUGUUUACUGUUAUCAUAGUUAAUGCAUUUAAAUGAAAGUGUAAUUAAUUAUUCACCAUAUCAGCCAUUAUCUGCCCACUGUUGGACAAAGGCCUCCCUAUAGACUGUCAUAAGGAAAGGGGCUUUUAUAUUGUCUAUAUGUAUAUAAUAUGUAUAUAUUACAUAUUAUAUCGUUAUGGCGUUUACCACUGGGGGAUUUUACCAGUAAUUGUUUAAUCUGGCAGGUGGGUUGGCAACCGCAGUUUGGCUGUUGGUUAUGUUUUAAGAGGGACGCUGGUGCUAAUCCAUCGACUAUAAAGUUUCCUUAGUCGCCUCUUACGACUUCCACGGGAAAGAGUGGCCCUCUCUAUGCUGGAAACACAUGGUAGUGCAAAUAUGGCACGCUAUUUAAAUAUUAUCAUUACAAUAUUUAAGGCGAUACAAAAGACAUGACUUACAAAAAUUCGAUGUUAAAUGACUUUUGCUUAUGGCUGCGAUUUUUAUUGCCUUAAAGAUUUUUUUUUAUGUAACAUACGUUUAGUCUUUAAAGAGGGCGGUUGUGUAGCGUAUAGCAGUUAUAUCACGAUGUUCUUUUUAUAAAUAUCAAUCGAGCUGUUAGCAAGCCUACAAGAUGCGCAAUCCUUAGUUUUUUACGGCAGUCGAAGAAAACAGCUGUAAUGCUAUAUAUAUCGUAAUGUUGUUUUACUCGUAUUGAAAUUAUCUGGCAUAAUAUGCUACUUUUGCAUAGAAAUAUAAAUGAUUUAUCAUUAAAAUAUACUUGUUUACAAGCUUACAAGUCGUCAUUUUUUAUGAUUCUUUUGCUAGGUUCCGAAUGUUGUUACCUGCGACGAGAAUGUAACCGCAAGAAAUUCGACAGUUAUUGUAAUGUUAUGUUUGUAUGACUAUAAUUAAGUUUUAUUUGUUAUUAUAUACAUAUAUACGAAUACUCAUCAAUAUCAUCAGAGAUUAAGAGGCAAGGAUGAUUUGUGUACAGGUUUACAUUACGACAUGGCCGUAGCUGGGGGGGGGGGAGGGCAUUGAGGGGCAAUGCCCUAUCUUAAAAGGCCCAAUGCCCUACCAUACAAUGAGAGGCCCUGAGAAAAUUAGACUGAUUCGCUUUUUUGAAGUUACUUAAUUAUGGCUUCUACCCUACUGGCAUUACGACUACUAAUAUUUGAGAAUCAUAAUUAGUACUGAAAAUAUAGCUGUUUUUCUUAUUUUUUUAUACAACUUAGAAUGGCAAACAAGCUGACGGCCCGCCUGAUGGAAAGUGGUUACCGUCGCCUAUAGACAUGAGCAGUACCAUGGACAUAACAAAGUAUACUGUUUCGCCCAUGAUACCAUCCAUGCGUUGCCAUUCCUGAGGAUUCAGGUGUUAUUCCUCAGUACCCAGUAAAUUCACGCCAUAUCCCAGCCUUCAAAUCGAAAUGCAUAGCAUGCAUCACUACCUACCUUGCCUAUUUAGUAUUACUGUAAUACAACUAGUGUAUUGAAUAGAUUAUGGGUACCAUAACGUCAAAUAGCACUUAAAAUGUCUGAUUCAUGACAAAUAUCUGGAUUUACAUUGUGAAUAAUUACAACGUCUAAUGAAGUCGAUAUGGGGAAGUGAUUGCAGCACUUGUAUCGAUUGCUUUUAUUAAAGCAAUAGUUUGCUUUUAUUUACUAUUAAAAUAAAAGCUUUUAUUAUUA